CAUUCGUGACAGGGAACCCAAAAAUCCACGUCCAUGGCGACAGGCCAUCCUCCUACUUUGACAACCAAAAUCACCAGAGAAACCAACAGGACCGACCCUCAGCAAGAAAAACGACAUCGUUCCAUCUUCGACCUCCCGCCCGACUUCUUCGACUCCUGUCAUCUUCUCUCCUCCCCUCACUCCUCUCUAACUCCGAUCUCCGAGCACCUUGAUAACCCCAACAGCUCUGCUCCCGAAACACUAGACUUUCCUCAAGACGACGCUAAUGCCCCCAAAAACGUCGUCUUAGCAACGCCAAGAUGGACCUGCAACACCUGCAAGGGCGAGUUCGACUCCCUCCAGGACCAGCGCUCGCAUUUUAAGUCCGAUAUUCACCGAUUCAAUGUCAAGUUACACAUUGCUGGAAAAAAUAUUGUGAGGGAGGAAGAUUUUGAUGAGUUCACUUCUGAUUCUUUCAAAGACUAUGAUAUAUCAAGCAUAUCGGGUUCGGAAGAUGAAGCCGAAAAGGAAUUUGGCCCCAACCGUGAUUUACAUCGGGGAACAACUGGCAACUCUAAGCAACAUUUAUAUAUCCGUCUUAAUACGGGAGAGCGGAUUUCAUUUUGGAAGAGUUUACUUAUCAAUGAAUCUGAAAACAUUUAUAAUGGGAAUGAUAUUGCAGUAGACAGUGCGACUGCGCCAUGCUUGGAAGAGAACGAUGUGAUCGAGAGAGUGAAAAGUUUGAUUCGUGAGCCUAGGGAUAAUACCCGUUUGAGAAUUGUGUUGCUUGCUAGUGGUGGGCACUUUGCAGGCUGUGUCUUUGAUGGUAGCUUAGUUGUUGCUCAUAAAACAUUCCACCGAUAUGUUGUAAGGGCUAAGGCUGGAAAAAAACAGUCAUCAAAAGAUGCCGGUGGCAAGACUGUGCAUUCUGCUGGGGCUUCACUUCGACGAUAUAAUGAACUUGCUUUGAAGAAGGAUGUUCAGGAACUACUUGCUGCUUGGAAGCCUUAUUUUGAUGCUUCCACUUGCAUUUUCAUUUAUGCUCCUUCAAACAACCAUCAGUUGCUCUUCAAUGGGGAAAAACCUUAUUUUAGCCAUCGGCACGGUGUUGUUCGAAAUGUUCCAUUGACUGUUAGGAGGCCAACUUUGAAGGAAGCCAAGCGUAUAUAUAACCAAUUGACUCAAGUUGCGUAUGAAAUAGAUGAGAAGGAGAUUCCACUAAGCAUUGAAGAGGACUUAUGUUCAAGAAUGAUUACAAUAAAUGAUGGCAUCCUGGGCUCCAGCAAAGAAGACAUGGGUGAUGAGUCGGGUCAUGGGGAUAAUGUGGAUGCUUGUUCAAGUUUCAAAAAAUCUGAUGAACUCUCUGUAUCAAGUGAGAGUGAGAUUGAACUUAUGGGUAGAUCAACUCCUUUGCAUGAAGCAGCACAAUCUGGCAAUGCUCCAAAGGUUUUGGAACUCCUGGAACAGGGUCUUGAUCCUUGCUGCAAGGAUGAAAGAGGACGGACGCCAUAUAUGGUGGCAAAUGAAAAGGAAGUGAGAAACAGUUUUAGAAGGUUCAUGGCGUCAAACCUUGAAAAGUGGGAUUGGCAGGCCGCCAAAGUGCCUAGUGCAUUGACUAAAGAAAUGGAGGAAUCUCAAGCUGCUAAGCAGGCCGAAAAAGAUGCAAAGAGGAAAGCAAGAGCAAAAGAAUUGAAGAAAUUACGGAAGGCAAAAGAAAAGAAGGCUCAGUCUCAGCCUGCCCUAAGCCAAAAUGCUUUAAAAGUUGUAGAAAAUCGAGGAGCUACUUCAACUUCUGUUCUGAGGGGAUCCCAACCUAGCAGUGGUUCACAGAUCUCUAAAGAGGAGGAGCUGAAAAGGGCAGUGACUGCUGAGAGGGAAAAGAGAGCAGCUGCUGCUGAGAGGAGACUAGCUGCGGCUGCAGCCCUUGAUAAACCAGGCAAUAGUUCCCCAACAGUAUCAAUCACUUCACAACCCGGAAGUGGGUUAGCCGGUGACAUCAACUGCUCCUGUUGUAAUACUUCGCUGGCCGGCAAAGUUCCUUUUCACAGAUAUAAUUAUAAGUACUGCAGCACCUCCUGCAUGCAUGUACACAGGGAGAUCCUGGAGGAUGGAUAAUCAUAAAGCCCCUUAUAGUUCUAUUUUUUAUGAUUUUACUGGUGUAAUUUUUUGACGACUUAAAAGACACUCAAUUAGAGUUUUUGUUUUUCUUA